AUGCAUGACAGAGAAUGUCAGUAUGUGGACGUUGCUUGCGUGAAUGGGUGUGAACAACUUGUAAUGCGAAGAAACAUGAAUAAUCAUGUAGCAAAUCAGUGUCCUCAACGACUGAUCUCUUGCAAGCAUUGUAACAUCAUUGUGAAACAAGUAGAAAUGGAAAAUCAUUUCGAAGAGUGUGACCAGUAUCCUAUAGACUGUACAUACAAGUGUGGCAUGAUGGUAGAAAGAUGUCGAAUGGAAUAUCGUAUUGGCAGGCAGGGAACAUGUCUAGAGAGUCUUUUUGAUUGUGAUUUCAAAGACAGUGGCUGUCAAUUUCAAGGAUAUCGUCAUGAUUUAUGUAAACAUGUUGAAAACAGCAUUGGUUUGCAUCUUAGUUUGAUUGCUAGUGCACUCAAAGAAACAAAGGAGAAAUCCGCUGCUAGUGAAUUAAAAUUAGAACACGAACUGAAUAUUGCAAAAGGAGAACUAAAAGCUACUAAAGAUGAACUGGAAAAAUCUAGAAAAGAACUGACUGAAGCUACAGCAAAAAAUUCUAAACAGAUCCAUGGGUGUCUGUCUCUUUUACCACAAAUAUCAGAAAAGUUUUUUUGUGCACUUGAAUCCUAA